CGAAGAUCGAAGCAGGCGGAAACUGGAACAAAAAUUGUGUGCCCUGCAACGAUCGCCUCAGCCUCUCUUUUCUUUGUAGCAACACAAACCGCUGGACUCGAGCGGCACAGGUGAAGACAGCAGAUUAUCUAGCAGAUUCCCGGUGCGGAACAGGAGGUGGCGUCAGCGUCUCCGUAGCACGACGCGAUGGGCAUCGAUUUCGAGGUGAACGACUACAUCAAGACGCUGAAGAAAGAUGCAGGGCCGUUCAAGUGCCCAAAGUGUGAGAAGAAGUACAAGUCGGUGAUAGGGCUGCAGUACCAUCUGAACAACUAUGAUCAUGACCACCCGUCGCCGGUGGUGCCCGCCACCGUGUCCACACCGAUCAAGCAGAAGGGCCGCAAGUUGAAGGUGGGUGUGACGCCCAAGAACCAGCAUGCCUCGAGCCCGCCGAAGGAGGGCAUCACGUACCUCGAGUCGGAGAAACUGGUGCGACUCGAUUGCGGUGGCAAAACGGUCAAAAUCCCGGUGCACGAGGAGCUGACGGUGGUGUCGCUAGAGGAGUACGAGAGCAAAUGCAAACUGGCACCGGAGUUUGAAGCGGUCGCUGUAGCGCCACCGGAAGAACCGGAAGUGCAACUGCCGGAGGGUAAAUUCAAGGAAAUCGAAAAUUACGCCAUUUGUGAUGCACCGUCCCGGCCAAAUGCGUACAUUCGGUUCAUCGAAAAGUCGAGCGAAGAGCUGGAUGGUGAGGUGGAGUACGAUGUGGACGAGGAGGACACGACCUGGUUGAGUAUUAUCAACGAGCGCCGGGCCGCACAGAGCGUUGGUCCGGUGCCGGUGGAUUCACUCGAGCUGCUGAUGGACCGGUUGGAGAAGGAAUCGUUCUUUCAGGCGGCCGCCAAUGGACAGAAUGGCGCGGUGGUCGAUGAUGAUGCCGUGUGUUGUAUCUGCAUGGAUGGAGAGUGUCAAAACACGAACGUGAUUCUGUUCUGCGAUAUGUGCAACCUGGCCGUACAUCAAGAUUGCUACGGUGUACCGUACAUCCCGGAGGGACAGUGGCUAUGUCGGCGUUGUUUGCAGAGUCCGAGCCGUCCGGUGGACUGUGUGUUGUGUCCGAACACGGGCGGAGCGUUCAAGCAGACAGACCACAACCACUGGGCACAUGUCGUGUGUGCGCUCUGGAUACCGGAGGUGCGAUUCGCCAAUACCGUUUUUCUGGAGCCAAUCGAUUCGAUCGAAAUGAUUCCGCCGGCCCGGUGGCGACUCACUUGUUACAUCUGCAAGCAGAAGGGUAUCGGUGCGUGCAUCCAGUGUAACAAGACGUACUGCUACGUCGCGUUCCACGUGACCUGUGCUCAGCAGGCGGGCCUUUGUAUGCGCAUGGAUACGGUGAAAGGAAACGAUAGCAACCCGGUGGUCGUGCAGAAAACGGCUUACUGUGAUCUGCACACACCGUUGAAUGCACUGCAAACGACACCGGGCACUUCGCCGGAUGGUGCGACCAAGCAGCUGAAUGAUGCCCGGGAGAAAACGCGUGAAAAAAUGAAGAAAGCCCGGAAGCUACUAGCCCAGAAGCGUUCGAGCGCUCCCGUCAUCCUGAUUCCCACCAUCCCGCAGCACCGUAUUGAGGAGAUCUCUUCGUUGGUGAACAUCCCAAAGAAGCAGCAGUUCAUCCAACGUCUCAUCGCCUAUUGGACGCUCAAGCGGCAGUAUCGCAAUGGAGUGCCGCUAUUGCGGCGCCUGCAAUCGCAAGGUCAGGCGCAGGGUACGAUGCCAGGGUGCCGCGAACGAGGCGAUGGAUCACCGGAUGCGCGCGAACUGUAUCAGCAGCUCAAGUACUGGCAAUGCUUGCGGCAGGACCUGGAGCGAGCCCGUCUGCUGUGUGAGCUGGUGCGGAAGCGAGAAAAGAUCAAGCUCAUUCUCAUCAAAACGUCCGAGCAGUGCGUGAUGGCACAGCUCAAUCCGAUCGAGAGCGUGCUGCACCGGAUCCUCGAUCAGCUUGAGGCGAAGGACGAUAAGGAGAUCUUCCGUGAACCGGUCGACAUCGAGGAGGUGCCCGAUUACACAGACAUCGUGAAGCAUCCGAUGGAUUUGGGCACGAUGCGGCAAAAGCUGAAACGCGGGGCGUAUGUCCGUAUCGAAGAUCUGGAACAGGAUUUUGCACUCAUGAUACGUAACUGCCUGGCGUACAAUAACAAGGACACAAUGUUCUAUCGAGCGGGUGUCCGAAUGCGUGAUGCUGGCGCGAUCGUAUUCCGCACGGUACGUAAGGAACUCGAGCGAUCGGGAUUAUUUCAGAAAGUGCAACCGAUACCGGAACUAACGGCGAGUUCCGGAAGCUCUGCUGGUGCCUCAACAUCAACUGCUGGCUAUAGUAAAGGGCGAGGGGAGUCCAGCGAAGACAGCAUUGCGAUGGAUAUCGAAAGUGAGCUAACAAAGAUCACGGGGCAAUCGGCUACUGCUGAUCAUAUUGGUAAGCUGCAGACGCUCCUAAUAAAAGCGAAUGGUAUCCGGCAUGCGUUGACUCGCUCGAAACGCAUCAAGCAGAUACGGAAUGAGAUCGCGCGUGUGAAACGGGCGCUCGUCAAGGAACCGGAACGUCCGAUGAUAAACGAAAGGAUAUCUGCGGAACCGUUGCUGGCCGGUGCAGGAGCCGGACCGAGCCAAAUGUCCUCGUUAGCAACUAGUGCUUCAACUUCCUUCGCCGGAAGCUCAGUAUCACCGAAGAAAUUAGCACAAUCGCAUCCAUUUUAUCCAGCGGACUCAUCGAUUGCCAGUGGUCUUGGCGCUGGCAGCGACGCAUUGGCGGCGAGUAGUGGAACGAAGCAUCAUCAUCACCAUCAGCACAUCACACCGGAGACUAGCCCAUUGAAGGUGAUGAAUAACAGUCCUUCUCCAUCUGGCGUUAAUCGAAGAACGGCCGUCUUGUUCACACGCAAAGCACAGGCUGCCUUGAAGAAACCGGAAAUGGCUGCUCGGGAUCGUGAUGGAAUAGCGGGACAAGGCUCGACCUCCGCUUCAACCCUGCCUGCAAUGUCCACUACGGAACUGUUGCAGAAGACGGCUAAGAAGAUCAAUCGAGGCAAACGCAUAGGAAAGAGCGGGAAGGGCAUCGAAUCGUUCCUCGAGGCCACCUCGACGGCACAGAUCGAACGGAAAUCGCUCGAAGGGAUCCCCGAUAGCUUCCGUGUGUAUCGUGGGCAGCAGGAUCGCGAGAUCAGUGAUUCGGAAAGUAAUCUCAGCCUUACCGGGAGUACCUGCAGUAGUUGCAGCGGAUUCAGUGGUAGUGGCACAGAAUCGGAAUUCGGAUCGAGCCUUGAUGACGAUCAGUCAUACUGCGACUCGGAGAUGUCAUCUCACAGUGAACAUGAGGAGCACGACGAGCAGCAGCAACAGCCGGCCAAACCAGCGCUGGAACCUUUGAAGCUGGUAUGGGCUAAAUGCCGCGGUUAUCCGUGGUAUCCAGCGCUCAUUAUCGAUCCGGCCAUUCCGAAAGGUUUCGUCCACAAUGGGGUUCCUUUGCCGGCACCGCCGGCCGAUGUAUUAGCCUUGCGGAGCAAUUACGAUGAGCCGGUCUUUCUCGUUCUGUUCUUCGACGUCAAGCGUACCUGGCAGUGGCUCCCGGAUGGCAAGCUGGAGCUGCUCGGUGUUGACAAAGAGCUCGAUCAGAGUAAACUGAUCGAAUCACGCAAAGCAACAGAGCGGAAGGCAGUUAACAAGGCUUAUCAGGAGGCGCUUCACUAUCAUAGCCAGGUAUCGAGUGCGGAUGGGCCGGCGGGAAAGUUAUGACUCUACGAUGUGCCGUCCUCGGUGCACCGGAAGCGAUCGAAUGAAGCGAGAGCCAAGUUCGAGGCCGAAGAGGAAGAGGUAGAAGAAGAGGAGGAGAGAGAUGAUGACGAGGAGGAAGAGGCUGAAACAGAGGAUGAGCAGGGGGAGAGUAAUGGAUUGAAUGACGAAAACGAUGACGAAGGAGGAUAGGGAACCAAGCCCAAGUAAGUCCAUCUCCUUCAUUGAUUGUAGAGGCGUCUGUUGUGGAGUUUUUUUUUUCUUAGUUAAGGCGUUAGAUGAUAAGUUUGGAGUAAGUGUUUGCGGGUAGGGAUGACCCUUUGUUAGACGCCAUGUGAAUUGUCAUGUGCCAGCGAUCCAUCGUUUGAGUUUUGGAUUUUUCCCUCUCACGCACAUCCACACGAACACGCUCACUAACAGAUACACUCGUACAGGAAUUAAGUUGCUCCGUUAGAUUUCAGCGUUUUUGUUUGUCUAAAAAUCUGUUACAAUUCUGUUUUCUUUUUUCCUGUGGUACUGGUACGACCCUGCCUGCCAACGGUCCAUUCCUUGCUGAUAUUCCGGCUCGUUACGGUUAACCGGAAGGGGGAAGGCAUUCACCACCAGAUUGUAGCAGCUCGUGUCUUCUUGUUCUCAUUUCGUAACUGAGCAGCUUGCAGGGUAGCGAGAAACAAAUUGAUUAUAAGAUCUUGUGUUGGAGGCACUAAAAUACUACUAAUACUACUAUCAUAUUAGUACUAGCCUAUUUAUGAACUCGAAGUAGUAUAGUAAGGCAUAGCAGAGCAUCCAUUGGUCCGUUGAAGUAUGUGUUUCAUUUGUGACAAAAGACAAGACGAUUUAAAAUUAUAAAAAAAGAAACUUAAACGAACAAUCGAUAUGUUAAUAGGGUCGAAUAAUAUAAUAAAACAAACAAAAAAUGCACCAAAACCAGAGGGAAUCAUUUUAGUCGUCUGGAAGACUACUAGAUGUGAAUGAUUGAGUAACUACAACCGUAAGCUGGGUGCAGUUUCUCUCAUUCCAAGUAGCCUGUGCGAGAAAUGAGCAUGCAAACCUGAGCAUUGCUGAUUGUUCCUUUGUUGUGUUGUGGU